UAUUAUGACAAAAAAAUGGCGACGGCUGUUUUUGCUUAGCGUCGCUCGGUGCUGAAAAAUCUUAUUUUUCUCUUGUAACAUGUAAUUAAUCAGGACUUUUAUUGUUGAAGAAAGACUAUUAGCGAUAAGCAGUCACACCAUUUAAAAUUGGUGAACACUGGUUUUGUGAUUAGUAAUUUAGAGGUUAUAUGUUAAACAUUCCAGUUAUUCGAAAAUAUAUCCAAGUUAAAAUCGGAAGUUUUCUGGACAUGUUGCAGUGCCACAUCUCAUUGAACUUAAGAUAUGUCUGUGCACUAUAAAUUUAAAAGUGCUUUGGAUUAUGACACAGUUACAUUCGAUGGACUGCACAUAUCUGUAGGCGACCUAAAAUCUGCAAUAUCACAGCAAAAGCGUAUUGGAAAGACUUCAGACUUUGAUUUGCAGAUAACUAAUGCUCAAACAAAAGAAGUAUACAGCGACGACAAUACUCUAAUACCAAAGAACACAUCUUUGCUGGUUGCGCGAGUGCCGCUAUCACAACAGCCCAAGAAGCAGUGGGAAGGGAACAAUGCUAACGCCACCAAUCACCAGAAGGAUGUCGCCAGCAGCAAGGGGCUGGCGGACCUGUCCCGCAUGGAGGGCAGCGAGCAGGACAAGAUCAAUGCUAUGAUAUCACAGUCCACCUUUGAAUACGACCCUAGCAAUUACCAAAAGAUAAGAGGACAGAACCAGCGUGGUGUAGUACCACCUAAUUAUACUUGUUACAAGUGUCAAAAAAAAGGACACUGGAUAAAAGAUUGCCCCUUGGCUAAUACAGGUGGUGAUCCCAUAGAAAUAAGGAGAAGUACAGGGAUUCCUCGUAGUUUUAUGGUACCAGUAGAUGGUCCAAAAGCACCCGGCGCCAUGAUGACCCCAAGUGGAAGUUUUGCCGUCCCUGCGGUGGACCAUGAAGCUUACCUGGCGUCAGAGAGCGCGGGCGGCGCGGACACGCCCACCAACGCGCCGGCCGCGCCCGCGCCCUCCAUCCCCGAUGAGCUCAUCUGCAGCCUGUGCCGGGACCUGCUCACCGACGCCGUCAUGAUCCCGUGCUGCGGGAACAGCUUCUGUGAUGAGUGUAUUCGAGGUUCUCUGCUGGAGUCGGAAGACCGGGAGUGCCCCGACUGUCGCGAGAAAGAAAUCGCACCGACCACUUUGAUACCUAACAGGUUUCUCCGUAACUCGGUGUCUGCGUUCCGCAACCAGACCGGGUACAGUCGGCGUGCGCCGCACCGAGCACCUGUCGCUCCGCCACCCAUAGGUAAGUUGGCGCCACCUCCAGCGGUGGUACCGCCGCAACGGAACGGCCCGGCGCCUCAAGCACCCGCGCCGAACAAUAACGGACCUCCUCCCGGUUUGAAGCCUCCCGGGAUAGAGACGCCUCCCAAUGCAGCCGUCAAUAUGCCCCCGCGAGUGGAUGAGCAGCGCGCCAGCACGCCCACCAUCGAUGAACGGAGGGACCCUCCUGGAUUCAACCGCGGUCCGCCCGCGGGCUUCGUCCCUGGCGGGCCCCCGUCCAACGCAGUGUACAACGCCGGCUUCCGCCCGGGCGCGCCGCCCGACCGGGCCGGGCCGCCGCGACACCCGGGUCCACCCGGCCACCCGGGCCCGCCGGGCGCGUCCGGCCCGCACCGCCCGCCCGGCCCGCCGCACCGCUCCGGACCACGCUUCCCGGACCCCUUCCCGUUCACUAACCAACCGCCGCCGCCCGGGAUCAAAGAUUCUCCGACUAAUGGGGUGUCGGAGGAUCCGCUGGAGGCGUUCAACCGGAUGAUUCGCGAGAAGGAGAUGCGCGCGCGCCGGCGGGAGGAAGAGAGACGGCGGCUAUCGGGGUCCCGCUCGCGCUCGCCGGGGCCUCGGUCGCCGCCGCGGCCGCGGUCGCCUCGCUCGCCGCCUCGCUCGCUGCCUCGCUCGCCACGCCGCUCGUUGCCUCGCUCGCCGCGCCGCUCCCCGCCCCGCUCGCCGCCGCCGCGGUCGCCGCGCCGCUCGCCUCGACGCUCCCCGCCGCCGCGGAUCCGAUACACUAGAUCGCGGUCGAUAUCGCGCGGGCGCGGGCGCCGCUCGCCGCCGUGGUCGCCGCGCCGCCGCCGCUCGCGCGACCGGAGCAUCUCACUGUCCAGAUCGCCAACCCCACGUCGCCGCCACCGCUCUCCACCACGAUACCGCUCGCCUCUCCGCUCCCCUCUCCGCUCACCACUUCGCUCGCCACUCCGCUCGCCUCGCUCGGUGCUCCGUUCGCCAAUACGCUCGCCGUUGCGUUCGCCGAUGCGUUCGCCCAGGAGGUCGGCGAUGCGAUCUCCGAGACCUAUCUCGCCGCAUCGAUAUCCCGGACUUUACGACGAAUUGCUGUCCCCGCCGCGACGGAGUGCGGAGCCAUACGGACCCAGGUACGGCCCCCGCGGCGCGCCCCCCUACCCCGCGCCCGGCGCCAAGCCCAUCCCGCCGCUGGUGGGGCUGGGCCCGCCGGAGCCCUACCGGCGCUACGAGCCGCCCUUCGCGCCGCCCGCUGAGCCGCCCGUGCCCGGCUUCGAGCCCUCGCCCUUCGAGAAACCCCCCUUCGGCCCGCCCGGCGACCGCGGCCCGCCGCCCUACCGCGACGCGUACCGCCCGCCGCCCGCCUUCCCCGACCCCGCCUACCCGCCGCCCGGCGACCUGCCGCCGCACGCGCGCGACAACUACCGCCCGCCGCCCUUCCGCGACCAGCCGCCCUUCAGGGAUGGACAGCCGCCUUUCAGGGACGGACAACCUCCAUUCAGGGACGGUCAACCACCCUUCAGGGAUGGGCAGCCACCCUUCAGGGAUGGACAGCCGCCCUUCAGGGAUGGGCAGCCCCCAUUCAGGGACGGGCAGCCGGCCUUUAGAGACCCCGGCUUCCGUGGCGGCCCCCCGCCCGGCGCCUACCGCGACCCGGCGUUCCGCGGCGCGCCGUACCGCGAGCCGCCCCCGCCCGCCUACCGGGAGCCCUUCCGCGACCCGCGCGAGCCCUUCCACGAGCCGCCGCACCUGCGCGACGAGCGGCGCUACCCCCCGCACCCCGCGCACCCCCCGCACGCCCCGCCCCCCGCGCGCCGCGCCCCGCGCCCGCCGCGCCCGGACGAGCGCCACCGCGAGCGCUACGACCGCGACCCCGACAAGAAGCCGCCGCGCGACGACCGCCCGCGCGACUACGACCGCACCAGAGACUACGACAAGGAGCGCGAUCGAGACUACGAUAGGAACACACCAGACAAGAAAGUCAGGUCCUCUCCGAAGCGCGGUCGCACCGGAGAAGUUCGUGAAAAGAGACGCAGCGAGUCUCGCGGCCGCUCGCGCGACAGAGAGAGCCGCCGGGAGAAGAAGGAGGAGAGGCCGCGGGAGAAGAGCGCCGACAGGAGCCGGGAACGCAAGGAGAAGGACAAAGAAAAAGAGAAGAAAAUGAAGGAGAGGAAGAAGAAGAAGAAGGAAAAAGAAAAGGAGAUUGAAAAGAAAAAGAAACGUGAGAAGAAAGAGAAAAAGGAAAAGGAUCCACACCGUAAAGAAGAUGCCGAUGACGACAAAAGUGAGAAGGAAAUUAAAGAUAAAGCAGACGAACCUCCGCCAGCUGACAAUGGGGAAGAACCGACCAAUGAUGUUCCUCCUGAGAAGGAGCUAACCCCAACAAAAGUAGAACCGGUGGAGGAAGAAAAAGAAGAUGACAAGCCCAAAGUAGAUUUGUACGAAGAUGAUGCUUCAGAAGCCAUUGUUGAUAAAGAAAUAAUGGAAAAUUAUGUUAAACUUGACGAACCAAAGUCGGAAGAAGUUAAUAAAGAACCCAUAGAAAACAAAGAAUCUGCUCCAGUCAUCAAAGAAGAUCCGUUUGAUGGCAUUGAAUUGCAAGCUAAUGCUGAUGAGUUGGACUUGAAAACAGAGAUAGAAAGUACAGAGAAGGAAAUGUUGGCUCCAAUGCCUGCUCUGUCUAAAUGGGAAGUUGACGACGACGGAGAAAGAAACAGAGAACCGGGUGAGAUCACCUCCCCUGAUGAAGAGGAGGACUCGAGAAAGGUGACCACGGAAGUCCUAAAGAGAGCAGAACACGCUAUAUUUGCGAAGGCCAUAAGCUCCCUGAAACCGAUUGAGAUAAAGAAGGUCAGCAACGACCGGUCCAAGCUGUACUCGGACGACGUGGCCUCCAAGACGGGGAUGAACAACAUUCAGAUAACGGUCCCGGCCGUCGACGACGUGAGAAAUAUCGAGUUGAACGACAAGAAGCGCAACUCGAAGACUCCGCCGCCGCGGCUGUCGGUGAAGGAGCGGCUCGGGGGCAAGGUCGAUGACCCGCGCCGCCGCGAGCCCCGCGUCGUGCACAGCACCGUCGAGCGAGUCAAGUCCCGCUCACGCACACCCAAGCGAGAACAGCCCUACAGACGAGUCACCGUCGAAAAGGAACGCACCCGCAAAGUCGACAUACACCGCAUCGAUGACGUCAAACCCGACAAACGACACCAGAACGACCACAUCAAAAGCGAAGCCAGACAAAACAGCCCACCCAGGGACAAGAAGAGACACCGAGAAGAACGCAGGGUCCGAGAGGAAAAGAAACCUAAACUUGACACCAAUGACAAAACGAGUCCAACCAAAGCUUCCGAAGCUAAACCGCGAGAGCAUGAGCGCAAGAAGUCGACGUUGGACGAAGCGCACUUCGAACCGGACUACGACGAGACCGUGGAGUCCGAGAAGGAAGACAAGGAGGAGGUAAAGAGGAAACGCGGGGGCUCCAAGUCCCCGGUCGGACCCAGCGAGGCAAAGAAAGUGAAGAUCGACGAAGAGGAGACCAUCAAGCUAGACCUGACCAACGUGAAGAAGAAACCGGACACUAGCGAGUCGUCGAGCGACACAGACUCGUCGUCCUCUUCCUCGUCCUCGUCAGAAGUUCGUAAGCGAAAGAAGAAGAAGAAGCGAGCCAAGCGCAAGAAGAAGCGCGCGGCGAGCGACAGCGAGAGCGACUCGGCGUCCAGCGAUGACGACCACAAGAAGAAGAAGAAAAAGCGAAAGCAUAAGAAAAAAUCUACCAAGAAAAAGAAGAAGUCAAGUAAACAUAAGUGAUGUGGUAAUCGCUAAAGUGAUGAGUUAAUCGUUAUUAAGGAUCUAAGGAAGAUGUAAAAUAAGUCGUAUUUAGUUUCGUCAGGAAUUAUUCAAUGCUUUUAGGAUGAUAAAAUAUGUGUUUACUAGCAUUCUACAUUAGUUAAGUAUGUAACAAUGAUACAUAAUAAACUUGCAUUACAGAAUAA